AGCCAGGCCCAGCAACGAAGGCCGCGUCCACAUUAAGCUUAAGAGCUCCUUUCUCCGGCGGCGUCCAGAUCACAGGUGAGAUCCCUUCUCGUUCUUGUUUUUUUCUUUCGAUUCGCGCUGCAAGUUUUGAUAUCUUCGUGCAAGGCUAUCGCUUCAUUAUCAGUCGCUUGCGGGUCCGGUGAUUUGCCUCUAAAAAUCGCACUUUUUCUCGCCUUCCACCGGACCCAGAGUACUUCGGAAACGAGCUCGAGAGACGGCAAGGCUGGUAAUCCACUCUUAAAGAGGUGUUGUGGCGUUUGGGGAGGCGUCUUACACACUGGGCACAGUGGGUCAGGAAAUUUCCUCAGCCCUUCCCACAAUUCUUUGGCUCGUCCAUAAAUACCUCCAGAUUUGCAUGCAUUAGACACUACUCUCUUACAUCUCUCUCCUCAUUAUUCAACUCGACCACUACUCUUUAGCUCCCGAAGAUGGCAAAGAGGAAAUAUUCGGAUGGAACAGUGGUGUCGACCAGUAGAGGCGAUGUUGAGUCGUCGCUGGGGGCUGAAUACGAGGUGUUCUUGAGUUUUAGAGGGCCCGACACUCGCCAGAAUUUUGCCGAUUGCCUCUAUCACGCCAUGGAUGGAGCUGGCAUUCGCGUUUUCAGAGACGGUGAAGAGAUCGGAAAAGGCGAAGAUAUCGGAGGUGAACUAAAGCGUGCGAUCGAGAGCUCCUCAAUCUGUAUUCCCAUCUUCUCUAGAAACUACGCUGUCAGUGCGUGGUGUCUUCGUGAGCUUGCAUACAUGGUGUAUCGCAAAGCGAUGAUUCUGCCGGUCUUCUUUGACGUGGAACCCAGAGAUGUCAAGCUUAAAACUAAGCUGUACCAGGAUGCUCUGCAAAAGCACGAGGAGAAGUACGGCUGCGAGGUCGUGCAGCGAUGGAAGGAGGCUCUGGAGAAGGUCGCUGGUAUGAGCGGAUGGGAUCUCAAAGAUACCGGACCUUUUAUCAAAUAUGACAGUCACGGCGAAGUCAGUAAAUUAAUCGUUGCUAAAGUUUCGAUGAAGCUGAAUAAAAGAGACAAAAAGCUGCCGGAUCAUUUAGUCGGAAUUGAGGAUUGCGUUGAUGAUGUCAUGCGCCUAAUAGAUGAAGGUUCACCUGAUGUACGUUAUCUGGUAAUCCACGGAAUGGGGGGCAUCGGUAAGACGACUCUUGCCAAAGUCGUCUUUAACCAAAUUUCCAGUCGAUUUCACAGGUGCAGCUUUAUUUCGAAUGUUCGAGAAGCUUCAAAUGGCAGCAAAGUCGUUCAAUUGCAAAAGCAAUUAUUGUCGGAAAUUCUCAACUCCAAUCCACCGGAGUUUUAUGACUCUGAUGCAGGGAUUUACCAAAUUAACACGAGAUUCCGCCGCAAGAAAGUCCUCAUUGUUCUAGAUGACUUAGAUGAAAUGGAUCAACUCUCAAAACUUGCUGAAAAGCCUGAUUGGUUUGGUCCCGGGAGCAGAAUUAUUAUUACAACAAGGGACACGAACUUUUUGCCGAUUGAAGAGGAGAACCAAGAAAAAAAUGUCCGGACGCAUUUCAAAGAGUUUACAAUCUAUCAAAUGAGAGAAUUGUCCCAUCGCCAUGCUCUUGAGCUUUUUAGUAAGCAUGCAUUCAGAAUGGAUUUUCCUCCACAUGAUUAUCGUCAUAUUUCUCGCAAUAUUGUUUGCAAAACCGGUGGACUUCCUUUGGCUCUCGAGGUCAUCGGUUCCUCUCUUUGUGGCCAAAGUCAACAACUUUGGAAAGCCACAUUGAAGAAAUUAAAUUUAGUUCCCAAUCAAGAUGUAUGUCACAAAUUAAGGAUUAGCUUUGAUAUGCUAGAGGAUGAACAGAAAGAAAUUUUUCUUGAUAUUGCAUGUUGCUUUAUUGGUGAAGAAAGAAUCCAUCCACAUUAUAUGUGGAAAGCAUUGGAUUUUUCCCCCAAAAUUGAGAUCCCUGUCCUUUCUCGUAUGUCUUUGAUAAAGGUUGAUGGUAAUGACAAACUGUCGAUGCAUGACCUGCUAAGAGACCUUGGAAGAGAAAUUGUUCGAAAAGAACACAAAUUUCUGGAGGAGCGUAGUAGACUAUGGUCUCCCAAGGAUGCGUUGAACGUAGUGCAGCAUAGAAAGGGAACAUAUAAAAUCACAGCACUCAAACUAACUGGACUUCCAAAAGAGCACAUAUUUACAAGGGAAGAGUUUUCAAGUCUGCAUAACUUAAGGUUGUUGGAAUUAGAGGGGGGCAACUUGACAGGAGACUUUAAGAAUCUUCUCUCGAGUUUAAAAUGGCUCUCUUGGCAUCGUUGCCCUUCAUACUUGCAGGCGGUCAAUCUAUGCUUACGGAACUUAGUUGUGCUCAAGCUUUCUGACAGCAAAAUUCCUGAGAAUUGGAAUGGAUGGGGCCCAUGCUUGGCAAAUCAUGACUUGAAAGUUCUACAUCUCAUGAGAUGCCAUCUCUCGACGACUCCCGACUUCUCAACAUGCUCGAAUUUGAGGAUAUUGGCUUUUGUUGAACAUUAUGCAGAGUUGACACAAAUCGAUAUCUCUAUCGGUAAGCUAGAGCGCCUAAAGCGCUUGGAAAUAAUUGCAGCCAGAGUGCAGCCGACAACGUUGUCUGGAAGCCCCCAUUUUGACCUGUGCGCAAUACCUUCUACAAUAUGCCGUUUUAAGAAACUGUCAAGUCUAAAGCUUGUGGGGCAGUGUAUCCGAGAGCUUCAUCCAUCUAUUGGAGAGAUGGCGGGCUUGAAGUGCUUGUCUUUAGCGCAUUGUUAUCGGCUUAGAAAGGUUCCAAACUCCAUUGGGAAAUUGAGUUCAUUGCUUGAAUUGAAUUUGUUCAACACAAGAAUCAGAGAGUUACCUGAUUCUAUUGCAAAUCUCAUAAGGUUGGAGAAAAUGGACCUGGGACACACUCGGAUGAGGGAGCUACCAAACUCCAUUGGAAGACUAGAAUCGUUGCUUGACUUAGACUUGCAGCGUACUGAUAUUAUAGCACUGCCUGCUUCCAUUGGAUCUCUUAAAAGCCUUAGGCGCUUAAUUGCGAUUGACAGUAAGAUAAGAGAGUUACCUGAUUCUAUUGGAGAUCUCAAAAGGUUGGAGGAAAUGGACCUGAGAAACACUCAAAUAAGGGAGCUACCAAACUCCAUCGGAGGACUAGAAUCAUUGCUCUGGUUAGACUUAUUUGUUACAAGAAUUACAGAAUUGCCUGCUUCUAUUGGAUAUCUUAAAAGGCUGAAGGGAAUAAAUACGCUUGGGACAAAGAUAAGAGAGCUACCUAAGGCCAUAUGGACUUUGGAGAAUCUUGAAGGGUUGGUAUACCAUGGUUAUGAUUCUAGAAAUAUAGAUGUCACAUUGCCUCCUAAGCUUUCGAACGUAUUCAUAUAUUGUGAUGAUCCUCAAUCUCUCCCACGGCUUCCUUUAGGUCUUCAUUAUUUGGAAUUAAUCGAUGUCAAGUUACCGAUAGAACAACCUCUUCUCUUUGAUUUGAGAUGUUUGCAUCAUUUAAGACUCUUCAGAUGGGGAUUGAGAGAGAUCGAGUUUAAACAGUUAGAGAACCUCCUUGAAUUAGAUGUUAUGAACUGUAAAUCGCUGGUGAGGUUAUCAGGUCUAUCAAGCUUAAGGAAGCUCAAAAUACUGAGAAUCUUUUCGUGCUCACAGUUAAUUGAGAUUCGAGAUUUGGGAGAAAUGGAAUCGCUGGAGACAUUAUCCAUUAUUGCAUGCACCUCCAUAGAAAGGUUACCCGAUCUAUCAAAACUACAUGGGUUGAGGAGCUUGUCUGUAAAUCAUUGUGAAUCACUGCAAGGUUUGUCUGAUUUCCCAAACUCACUGGAGCAAUUAUUAAUUGGAGAAUGGAGCUCCAUAGAAAGGUUACCCGAUCUAUCAAAACUACAUGGGUUGCGCUCAUUGACACUCUAUCACUGUAAAGCACUGCAAGGUUUGCUUGCUGUUCCAAACACAUGUGGUCUCCAUGUUCAUGCAUGCCCACUGUUAGGCGAGCAUAGUGACCCUUCCUAUGGAUGCGGAUUGUGUGAGGAAUCCAUUCCGGGCCAACGUUCAAGGAGGCCAGGCAAGUAUAUGUGACACGUGGCACUCUUUCCCAUUUCGUUCGUACUUUGCUUUAAUUUUUUAUUUUUUUUUGUCUUUUCCCUUCCCAUGUCUCCUUCCGAACAAUCAGCCAACUUUUUUUUGUAGUUCUUCCUGUUCACUCUAAAAGAUGCACAUCCCCCACUUUUCAGUCUUUCCCGUUUCUGUAUUUCAUUGUCUAAUCUUAUCUAAGUUUGAUUCCAUAAA